UGCCACCUCCCGGAAAAACGCCACGUUUCCCGAACGAAAAUGGCAAGGACUAUCCACGCAAGAGACUCCUGUCAAUACACUUUCUUUGUUCCUUUAGCCGUCGCGGGUGAACGGUGGUGCAUGCUCCAAUCAUCGAUAGUGCCACUGUUACUCAAAAAUAGCGACAUUGGACCCUCAAGCUAUCUAGAUUUUAAGGCUUGUUUUGGCACUCGAGACUACUAAAGAGGAAACUUCAUUACUAAGUUUAUGUCCGUGGUAGGUCCGCCAUGACGUCACUACGCUCUCCCUCCGAACUGUGGGCUUUCCUACUGCUGCUGGCUUUUAGUUACGUUCGAAGCAAAAACAUCAACACCUUUGCAGGUCCGUACAUCACCAACGUCCUCCGGGCUGAAAGCUGUCCGUCAGUAAACAUUCAGUGGUCCGCACGGCUGAGCCACUUCAAUCCCCAACGGCCGUACGACCUGCAGGUCCUUUCGGGAAAAUUCAAUAUCUCGGAAGAUUUCGGGGACAAUUACGCGUUAAGUGUCUUUUUGGACAAGCGAUCGAACAACCAAUGGAAAGAGAAUUUCUUCGUCUAUAAGUUCGCCAAGGGGGGAUGCUCCACGUUUCGCGAGCACAUGCCUGGACUGUUCAAUGCCGUGGUGAAAAACAGUGGCCUUGCUGUCAACAAGAAGACGACCUGCGCCUUGCCGCGGGGGAACUUCGUCGUGAGGAAUGAAUCAGUGGACUGGAGCUUCCCCAGCGCUCCAAUCAUGCCUUACGGGCGCUACCGGUUCCGAUUCGUUUUCCAAGUUGCCAACGACACUGACAGAACCCACAUGUGUGGCCUCGUUGAGUGCAUUGCCAUCCCAAAACCAUAGAGUUCGCCAUCAAUCAAAUUAUUCGUUGGAAACCCUGGAACUCAGCACAAAUUCGCUCUGAUCUUAAUACACAUUCACAUUGAAUCGAUGAGGUAGGAGAGGGGUUAACUCAGUUUUCAUGGUUUUUGAGAGAAACGAAAUCCUGUGUGCAGGAAAAACUGAAAAUAAAGAAAUUACUGACGCAGAUAAAUUUUUUUAACGAAGUUAAGUAAUGGGUGUGAAAAGUUUCGAAAGGGAUUUGAAUUUUGAUUUACAAGGUAGGUAUAAGACCGUAUCAACAGGCUUCGCGAUGCUGCGCCAGUGCCACU